UUGGUACAGUAGAAAAGCUUUUAAAAUAUCCAUCGUGCCACCUCGUGGCUGGUCCCUUUUUUUCUUUUUUUGGUGAACACCUGGCUGGUCCCUUCAGCUUUCAGUUCCUUCAAAGCAGGUCAAAGAAUCCCGCUUCAACGAACAAACGAAAAACAGAGGGAGAGCCAAAGCCAUGAGCGAAACAGAAUCUAUGCGUUGCAGAAUAUGAGAUUUUCUCACUGAAUAAAUUAGCUGAAAAUUUUCUCGGAGCCGAGAAAGCGCGAGAAAAUGUCGACAAAUAAUGGAGAGGCGGACGUAGAAGGGAGCGGACGGCGAACAUCUCCAACUUCGAGUAACACCAGACUGAGAAUGAGAGCCGACCCUUUCUUGGUGUGUUGCAGAUGCUUCAGCGUCGUCACUGCUCUCACUGCCGUUCUCUGCAUCGUCGUCAAUGUCUUCUCUGCCAUUGAAUCUUUCAAGGAUGGAUCUGAUGUUUUCGACGGGAUAUUUCGUUGUUAUGCUGUUUUGAUUGCGAUUGUGGUGGUUGUGGCCGAGACCGAAUGGGCUUUCUUUAUCAAGUUCUGGAAGGUAUUGGAGUAUUGGGUUGGUAGGGGUAUGCUGCAGGUCUUUGUUGCGGUCAUGACAAGAGCAUUUCCUGAUGAGACUGGUACAAGGAAGGAGCUUGUUCUUCUUCAGAACAUAGCAAGCUAUAUGCUCCUUGCUUGUGGUGGGGUCUAUAUUAUUUCGGGAAUUCUAUGCAUUGGCUUCCUGAAACGUGCUCGGCAGAAGACAGAAAUUUCAAGGGAGCAAGCGAUAAAGGAUCUUGAGGACUUGGAGCGGCGAAGGGAAGAACUUGAACACUUGCUUAUUGUGGAAAGAGAUUAAGACACUAUGGUACGGCACCAUACCGUACCAUAGACAUAGAGUGAUUCUCAUGAACCUUACUCUUGUUUCAGUAUUUGAUUCUGCUACUGAGUGGCCUCAGAACUAGUUACUUUGUAGGAGCUUAUUUAUUUGUAUAGUUGUUAUGAAAAGGCAUUUUAUUCAUUUUCCAAUGUACCGAACAUAAGAAAUCCAGGUUGUUAUUCAUUUGUUUAGAUAAAAAUCUCCAUAAGCUGUUUUAAAUUGAUGGAUUGGUUUCUGCCAUAAACAGAGGUUUAUUAAUGGAGUUGUUUUCCCUUUU